AUGCUUCGACGUGCUCUUCCACGGCCUUUACUUCCACGAACACCAUGUCCACCAGCUAACUUGCGUCGUAUCCCGCCAAGGCCACCUCCGCUGCAGCGGGUUUACUCGACUGAACGUCCAUCACCCGAUAACGCUACUCGUACUUCCCAGCCAGAGACCUCACAGUCAACAUCUUCUCUUUCCCCGUCUACUCCUGCACCGGAUCCAGAAAGCACACUUUCGUCGUCGGAACUGCACCCAAAGUCUGGUGACGAAUCUUCUAUUCGCCAGACCAGCGAGACGCCUUCACCCGAUACCUCGGCAUCUUCCGAGGAGCUGCUGUCUCGUUUGCGUGCCCGGGCGCAAGAAUGGUCCACCCAGGCAGCCAUCAAGGCCCGAGUUAAGACAGAUGAUACUUUGGCUCGCCUAGCCGUGAAUCUUCGCAAGGCUGGAGGGGAGAUCAAUAGAGCUACGGGCUAUAAUGAGAUCGACGCUCUCAAGAAGCGAGUCACGGAGCAAGAGGCUCGAAUGGCCGCGACAAGAACUGCUGCGAGAGAGGCGAAGGAGGCUUUCGAAGCCGCCGUGCGCCGCCGUUCCUCCUCGCAGAAGGAGGUGAACGAUCUACUCCAGCGCAAGUCAACUUGGUCUGAGGCGGAUGUUGGGCGCUUCACUGAGCUCGUGCGCGUGGACCACUCGACCGAGCAGGAAGAGGCGCGGGCGAAAGCGGCGGCUGAGGCCGCCGAAGAAGCCGUUGAACGCGAGUUCUCGCUCUUCAUGCGAGCCAUCCUCGACCGUUACCACGAAGAGCAAGUGUGGUCAGACAAGAUCCGAAGCGUCUCUUCGUAUGGAUCCCUUGCGGCCAUCGGUAUCAACGUACUGGUCUUCAUCACCGCCAUCAUCUUCGUAGAGCCGUGGAAGCGAAAACGGCUGGCGCAAACAUUCGAGCGGAAGGUCGAGGAGUUGGAGCGUGAACAUCGGGCAACGGUCGAGACUGCCGUCGAACGCCUCGAGGGGAAGCUCUCAGAGCAGGACGCUCUCAUCGCACAGUUGGUUGCCCUUGGCGCUGCUGCUCAGGCAGCUCACCACCAACCGGCUGCUCGGCCUGCUCUCUCCUUACCUGUUGAAGUCGAGGACGCGACGGCGAAGGUUGAUAUGCAGAAGCUGGUGAUGGCGCUUAACGUAGCGGUCAUUGCGACAACAGCGAUUCUAGGAGCCUUCACCCUAAUUGUUCGAUGA